AAAAAAGUUGAUUCGUUGUGUUGUCGAACUGUCCACUGACUAUCUAGUUAGUGCCUAGUGAGUAGUGGUAAAAUUAUUAAUAUGCCAACAAUUUGGCAAUUAAACUUAUUAAAAUAAUAAAAUCAAAAACUGCCAAAUUAUUAACAUAAUACAUACAGUAAUAUCAUUUAUUUUAAAUUGAUACAUUUUUUAAUUAAAAACGGUUUUGUGCAAUCGCGUAGUGUAAAAAUGUCUUCAAAAGCUGAAAAAGACAAACAGAAACAAAUACAAGAUAGAUGUUUAUCGUUGCUGAAUCAAAUGUUAAAAGAUGAUGAUAAUAAGUAUUGUGUGGACUGCGAUUCCAAAGGACCUAGAUGGGCUUCUUGGAAUUUAGGAAUAUUUCUGUGCAUAAGAUGUGCAGGUAUUCAUCGUAAUCUUGGGGUACACAUUAGCAAAGUAAAAUCUGUGAAUUUGGAUUCUUGGACUCCCGAACAAGUGGUGAAUUUGCAACAAAUGGGAAAUAGUCGAGCCAGAGCUGUAUACGAAGCAAAUCUACCAGAUAAUUUUAGACGCCCACAAACUGAUUCUGCAUUAGAGGCAUUCAUUCGUUCAAAGUAUGAACACAAAAAAUACAUUGCCAAAGAAUGGGUUCAACCACCAUUACCUAAAGUCAAUUGGGAUAAAGAUUUAGAAGAAGAAGCUGAAAAACAGAAGAAAAAAAAGCGAGAACCAAAACCUGGGUCAAUUAUGCGUAGUGUGCCUUCAAUUGUACCAAAUCCAUUACCUAAACCUAUUUCCUUAAGCCCAAAGUUAUCAUCAAACAAGAAACCAAUUUUAACUGAUUCAAAUCAUUCCACUGAUCUUCUUGGUUUAGAUACUCCUACAAAAGAUUCAAACCCUACAUUGAUAGAUACGUCCUUCACAUCUUCCAGCUCAGAUUCAACUGAUCCAUUUAGCAGUUUUUUAAGUGCAUCUGUUUCUUCUACUACAACUUCUCCUCAAAUUCAACAAACUAUUGACCCUAUGUUAGGUCGAUCCACUGAAGAGGAAAAUUUUUUCAAUCAACCAACAGCAGCUACAAAAAAUAAACUUACUACUGAUUCUAUCUUGGCACUAUAUGAAAAAACAUCAUCUCCAAAUAAUAAGACCACAAGCCAAUAUACAAGUCAAAAUAACGGUUUUGUUCCUCAGCCACAGCAGCCAUUUUUUAACGCUUUCAAUAAUAAUGGUUUCCAAACUAUGCAACAGAUGCAAUCCAUCAAUAAUCAUGGGAAUUCUAUCAAUUUGUUAUCCAAUAGUUCUAUUGAUUUUAACAAAUUCCAGUCAUCAACAAAUUCUAAUUUUACAUCAAAUCCAUUUUAUAAUAUGGCUGCAAAAAAUGGAUCAACUCAAUUUAAUCAUGAGGAACCUGUAGUGAAAAAUAAUCAAUUUUCAGCAUUUGAUUCUUCAAAUGAUGUAGUUCAUUUGCCGCAACAAAUGACAAUGCUGAAUUUGGGACAUCCAAAAACAGUUACGUCAACUGUUAAUGGUUUUACAGACUUUUCUAAUGAAUUUACAGACCUUUCUAAUGGCUUUACAGACCUAGCCAAACCAUCACAGACUGGCCAAACGCUUUCACCUAAUUUAUGGCAGUAGUUACAGUUGAUUGAUUGUUCAUAAUAAUUUUGUUACAUUAUCAUUUUAAAUUUAAUACAAGUUAAAUUGAGA